UUGGCUCUCUCUGCCCACCGGAUGCCGGAAGUAGCGGUUGCCUAGGCGACGGGAAGGAAAGGCGGAGGAAGACGGAGGUGGAAGGCCUUUCGGUGGGACUCUAUGGAGAAGGCCGAGGAGGCGGGCUGCCAGUCUGCGGUGACAGAGCUGCGAUGGAGGCGAUAGAAGAAGAAAACUUUGCGGUGUCCAUCUCUUCGCCUUCUGAUGCUGAAUUCGAUGCUGUUGUUGGAUAUUUGGAAGACAUCAUCAUGGAUGAUGACUUCCAGCUCAUACAAAGAAACUUCAUGGACAAAUACUACCAAGAGUUUGAUGAUACGGAGGAAAAUAAGCUAAUCUACACUCCCAUUUUUAAUGAAUAUAUCUGCCUGGUGGAAAAGUAUAUUGAAGAGAAGCUCUUGGACAGGAUUCCUGGCUUCAGCAUGUCUGCGUUCACCUUGUCCUUACAGCAGCACAAGGACGAAAUAGCCGGGGAUAUUUUUGACAUGCUUCUCACAUUCACAGACUUUCUGGCCUUUAAAGAAAUGUUUCUGGAUUACAGAGCUGAAAAGGAAGGCCGGGGCCUGGACUUGAGCGGGGGGUUGGUGGUGACGCCCCUGAGCCGGCCUCCCGUGCCCCCCGCCCCGAACAUCCUGCGGCGCUAGGCUUGGCUCCCCAGCAGAACCGACUUCCUUCCGGACUUUCCGGACCUUCCCGGUGCUUGAAAAUCAGGCAGCAAAAGAGCUGAGUCCCGGACCUUACGGUUACAAACCUGACGGCACCUUGGCACAGCUCCUUCCCUUGGGACCCCGUGUUUCCCCCAGUGUCGUGAGCAGCGUCACGUCUGCCCUGUUCGAAUGGCGGCCUCGGAGGAUCCGGACUUCUGCCGGGACACGGGUCCAACUGGAUUUUGUACACUAGUAAAUACAACUGUAUUAUGUGGGGGUUGCUGAGUUGUUUGUUUGUAAAACAAGGCAGCUGCCAAUCCCUGGCGCUUCUUCAGGGCACAGCUUCCAUGGAUACUUAAGUGGGAACUCACUUUACUGCAGAGUGUCUACGAACUCUCAGAACCAUGUCAGGCCUGGCAAAAAAAAAAACAUGCCACGUUUUGAUUUGUAUGAGUGCGACACAAAUUCACGUUUUGCACAGACAUGUUUGAGCAACCGUGAACGUGUACCCAAACCUGGCUAUGAUUCUCUUUUAAUUGGAAUGGAAUGACCUUCCCCUGAAGUUCAGACAUCUCCACGUCACUCCAGAAACACCUCACACCUUGUAGUGUCUGCACCACUUUAUCCUCUUGUCAUGGACCACAUUUUCUCAGUGGUGUGGCCUGAAAUCGGAAGCAUGGGUGGCUCACAAGCAUUCAGAAAUGAGAUUCCACUUUUCUAUAUAGCAUUACAGAACCCCUGGUUCCUUUAAUGCUAGUUGAUCUGAAGAUAAACAAUGAGAGCAGUUCCCGGCAUUGCAAACUGAAUGCAGUCUAAAACAUCCUGAGCUGAGCGCAUCCUCAAGAGGCAAAAUUCUUGUUCUUUCCCCAAAGCAAUGGCCAUUAAAGUGGGACAAUUGUGUCCCGAGUAAAUGCAGUUUAUGCAGAUUGAUGGCAUUGAACUAGAUUAUAUGGCAGUGUAGACUCAUAUAAAUCCAUUCUGCAUUAUGUGAGUCUACGCCGAUCAUUGUAAUGCAGUCCCAGAAUGCAGAUUUAACUACAUUGAACUGGGUUGUAUGGCAGUGCAGACGCAUAUAAAUCCAGUUGAAGCUGCAUUAUAGGUGUCUAAGCCAUUCAUUAUAAUGCAGUCCCAGAAUGCAGAUUUCACUACAUUGAACUGAGUUAUAUGGCAGUGUAGACUCAUAUAAAUCCAAUUCAAGAUGUAUUAUAUAUAUAUAUUUUCAUAUCAGGAGUGACUUGAGGAACUGCAAGUCGCUUCUGGUGUGGGCGAAUUGGUCGUCUGCAAGGACGUUGCCCAGAUGUUUUGAUGUUUUACCAUCCUUGUGGGAGGCUUCCCUCAUGUCCCCGCAUGGGGAACUGGAGCUGACAGAGGGAGCUCAUCCGUGCUCUCCCUCCCCAGGUUAGAGUCGAACUGGCCACCUUCAGGUCAGCAACCCAACCUUCAAGUCAGCAGUCCCGCCGGCACAAGGGUUUAACCCACUGCACCACCGGGGGCUCCAGUCUGCAUUAUAUGAGUCUGUGCUGAUCAUUAUAAUAAAGUUCCAGAAUGCAGAUGAACUGCAUUUUACAUGGCAGUGUAGACUCACAUAAAUCCCUUUUAGUCUGCAUCAUAUGAGUCUACACUGACCAAUAUAAUGCAGUUCAAACUGCAUUGUGCCGCAGUGUAAAUAAAUGGGGCCUAAAAAUGCUUCUGAGCUCCAAAGUUUCAUCAAUAUUGUAAGUAAACUUUUAUUACAGCCAAGGAACCGAGGGGUUCUAUACUUCAAACUUCAAAAAUAAUUUUAAAAACCAUUAUAAAAUCGAAUUGUUUACAAAUUUAAAAUCUAGGCUGAAGACCACAUACAAGUACUAUUGAAACCCAGCUCAACCCACAGGAUCUAAGCAUCAUCAAUAUUGAGAUUUUCAAAGGUUUAGUUUAGUUUUUUUGUUUAAAUCAUACAUUUCCUGCCCCUAUUAAGACUCGGCUAUACCCAAAAGCGCACAAUAAAAGAAAAGCCAAGGUGAUUCGUUCUGUUAGUGGAGCUUUUAAACGUUACAUCUCUCUAAACAAAGAUAAUCGGGUGCUGUUGUUGUUGGUUGUUUGCAAUGUUUGCUGCAAACAUUUUACCGUCAUGAGUGAUACGCAGCGAUCUAGAAGUCCUUGGUUUGGAAUAAAUGUUGUCAAGCGUUCUUUAAAAUUGGGAGUUUGAUGUUCGCUGUUGUUUGGGUGUUGUUCUUUCAGAGUUGUGUUUUUCGGGCUCUAGAAGCACUCUCUCCUGAUGUUUCGCCCACCUCUACGGCAGGCAUCCUCAGCCUCAGUCCCUUUCCUUUUCCCCCCCUCAGCCGCUUAAGCCUGAGGCUGAGGAUGCCUGCCGUAGAGGUGGGCGAAACGUCAGGAGAGAGUGCUGCUUCCGGAACAUAGUCAUACAGCCCGGAAAACAAACCCAUUGUUUUUCUUACACUUUGUGGCCGUCGUUCAUUCAAGACUCCUUAUGCCUAUAAAUGAAAGACUUGUCGGUGUUGACGUUGGCAAGGGCGGUUGUGUGUUUUGAGACACGGCGGAAAUUAUUUAGCAACAGUAUUUGUUUUGGUGUCGUUCGAAAUCCAAUCUUGGCCCUUCAUUAUUACUUUUUUACCUGCAGAUGAUGAAUAAAGGCUGACGUGCGUAA